GAAGUCUUCCCUUCCGUGCCUAUAUCUCUCUCUAGCAACCAGCCUCCGGUCUUCACACGAAACCGCAGCGCAGUGCGAGGAAACGGACGCGAGCUGAACUGGACGGCGCGUUCUCUGCCUGAUGCUCGGAAAAAUGCAUGUAAGGGCUCUACAUAAGGUCCUCAGCGAUGUCAGUCAGUCUUGAGAAAGCACUCCCAUCAUCGUAAGGGCCUCACCAUGGUUGGUCUUUCCUUUAUCGGUUUCGCGCUCGCUGCGCUUCCGUUUGUGCGCGCGGGUUUUGGCCUCACAGAGAGUGGAAGCAGCUUCAUCGUUGACACCGAUGCUGGCUUGGUCUUUACGGUUGACAGUUCAUCCGGCGACCUCACCUCUAUCGUUUUCAACGAUGUGGAGACCCAAGACUCCAGCAAGCACAGUCAAAUUGCGUCUGGGAUUGGCGCUAGUUGCACUUGGAGCCAAGGCGGCCACGACAACAACUACAUCACGAUUCCUUGCACGGCAUCGGGAAUCGUUCACUAUUACGUGGCCAAGUACAAUGACCCUAGCAUCCAUAUGGCAACCUACACCUCUUCUGAGCCCUCAGUCGGCGAGCUGCGCUUCAUUGCCCGGCUCAAGAAGUCGGCGCUUCCCAAUGGGGUUGCAGCCUCGGAUAUCGCAGGCGGCACCGCCAUCGAAGGCUCCGACGUCUUCACCGUCAACGGCGAGACACGCUCCAAGUUCUACUCCUCGCGUCAGUUCAUCGACGAUCAAGUGCACGGCGUCACUGGCUCCGGAAUCGGCGCGUACAUGGUCGUGCCCGGCACGGGCUUCGAGGGAUCGUCUGGCGGACCGUUCUUUAGGGACAUCGACAACCAGGGCGGGGAUCAGCAGGAGCUAUACUUUUAUAUGAACUCCGGCCACACCCAGACCGAGUCGUACAGGAUGGGAUUGCACGGCCCUUACGCGAUUACAUACACGACGGGUUCAGCGCCCUCUGGCGACAUCGACACUUCGUUCUACGACGACCUUGACAUCCAAGGUUACGUGCCCGAGAGUCAACGCGGUCGCGUGACAGGCAAAGCCAGCGGCUUCAACUCUGACUGGUCCUCGUACAUCAGCAUUGGGUGGUCCAACAGCGAUGCGCAGUACUGGGUGCGCACAAGCUCGGACGGCUCAUACACGAGCCCGUACAUGAAGCCCGGGACGUAUACGAUGACGCUGUACGAGUUCGAGCUGGCGAUCGCCUCCCAGUCGGUGACCAUCUCGGCUGGCAAUGUUGGGUCCUCGAAUAUCGCGUCCACCAUCGAUCGUCCGGAUGUCAUCUGGCAAAUUGGCGACUACGACGGGACGCCGCGAGGGUUCUUGAAUGCAGACAAGAUUGAGACGAUGCACCCGAGCGAUAGCCGUAUGGGCAACUGGGCAGUGUCGUCUUUCACCGUUGGCAACGACGCCUCCGGGUUCCCCAUGGCGAUCUUCAAGGACGUCGGAGCAGCGACCGUCACCUUCACGCUCUCCUCUGGCCAGGGUGGCGCCCGCACGCUCGAGAUCGCGACGACGCUCGCCUUCGCCGGCGGUCGUCCCCAGGUCACCAUCAACAACUGGACAAGCGAUAACCCGGCUGCACCGUCGCAGCCUGAUUCUCGUGGCGUGACGCGCGGGACGUGGCGCGGUAAUAACAUCCUGUACUCCUACAGCGUACCGGACGGUACUCUGCUCACGGACGGCUCGACGAAUAAGCUGACCAUCAAUGUUAUCUCGGGUUCGUCGGGCGAUCAGUAUUUGUCACCGAACUUCGUCGUAGACAUGGUUCGCCUCUACUGAGAGGCCUUCAUCGGCGUAAUCAUCAGCACAUAGGGUUAUCUACGAGCCGUUCGCGAUCGUCGUCCUGGAUGCGCUGGCGUCGAUUUGAGUUCGUUGCCAAUGAGAUGCAGCUCGAUUGAUCUUCUUGGCGCGUCUGUCGUCUUCUCUUUGAAUAUAGCCUAUUUUCGUUGGUUCCCGCAGAUCGCCAUAGAAUGCAAGCGCCGUCGAACAUGGGAGGCUCUCGACUUCGAUACUAGAGCGAGCCUCCAGGUCUCUCUCCUAUAGCAAGCUCCAGCAUGUUCGGGGCUCAGGAGCCUCGGGCAGGGACAGCGAUCUACAGCGAUCUGGCGCGAACGUCUUUGCCAAUAACAAGGAGUCCCCUGAAUUGAGCAUCGGAG